AUGACCUCUAUAAACCAUCCUAAUAACUUGUGCCUUGUCACCCUUCCCUUCCCCUCUUCCACCUCCUGCCACUGCCCUGACCAUGUGCCGCCUAGGGAGCUUGACAAGAAAUUUGACAAAAUUCAAAACCUUAAAAACACCUCAAAUAACAACCCUACUAACAUCCUUAAUAACCUCUGCACUGGCCUCGAGACAUUCCUCGGCUUCGACUCUACUUCCAAAGGCUACACUGGCAAAGGCAUUGUCUACUCUGACCUUGACAGACUGUGUGACGGGGUGAUGGGAUUUUUGAGUGGUGUGCUUGAAGGGGUGAAGGAUGACAAUAAUGUUCACCAUUAUGACACAAAUAAUAGAUCUAACGAUAUUCAUGCACUAAUAGGCACUAUAUAUACAUGUAUAGGUAAAGGCCAGAAGGGUCUCCAGACGGCGGUAGCCGAGGUGGUCAACUGGUACGGUACUUACCAAAAUAAUGUUGACAUGAAAACUAAUUAUGUUACUGAUAGACUCACUACAAUAUAUACAGAACACCUAACAAAUCCGCAGAAGGGCUUUAAAAAAGCUCUUGAAUCUUUAAAGAAUGCUAACAACACUACGGCCAAUGAAGUGUCAGCUGCACUGCAUAAGUGCAUUAAGCAGGCCAAAAAAUUAGAAUCAACAACACUCGAAAACACAAUACAAUCCGUGAAAGUUGUUGACCGCGACCUUAAGAAAAGACUCCAAGAGCAUUUCGACAAGGUUGAGAUGUUCGUCAGAGUGUUUGCUGCGUCUGCUCAGAACAAUGAUCUGCUUGACGUGUUGUCAAAGCUUGAUGAGGCGCUGAAACAGUUGCCAGGACACGUCGAAACGCAGAUUAAAACUCAGGGGCACAAUGCUGUGGAGGAGUUUAAGAGCACGAUGGAGGCACUGCAUGGAGAGAUCGCGACUAUGAAACGCGGGGAGUUUGAGGCAUUAAAAGUGUCUGUGGAGAAAGAUCUUUUUGAAGCUUUUGUGGAUGUGCGUAAGGGUAUAGAUAAACUGGAAGAGAAUUAUGGGAAAGUGAUUGUUCCAGGAGUGGAAGGGAUUUUGGGGCAGGCGCGGGAACUUAAGGAGACUAUUAUUGGAGAGAAAGAGAAGUUUGCGUUGCAGGUAAAAGCUUUAAGUGAACAAAUGGCGGCGCUUCAAAAUAUCUACAGAGACAUUACGGCAGAAGUGCCGAAAGAUUUUGAUGCUUAUAACAGCAGAGGCGGUGAUUGGGGUGUAAAUCAGAGUCAUGAGAUCGACGCAUUAAUACAGCAAAUUGAAACAAACGUUAAAACUCAUAUAAGGGAGAUGCUAGGAGAUAUUAGCAGUGAUGUAAAAAGCAUCCUAAAUGGCGAUGCAGAAGAUGAUAAUGAAGAGGAUGGUCUGGAGGGGAUGAAACGGAAGGUGCAUGGGUAUGUUCAGAAGUUUGACGAAAAUGGAUUUCAAAUUGUGGUGCAGAGUUGGAUAGAACAUACAUUGGAGAAUAAUGAGGUCGUCAAGAAAAAAAUUGCAAAAUGGAUUGGGACGUAUUCGAUGGAUUAUUUUAAGCCCGGGAUUAUAGAUACAAGCACUAAGGCUAUUUUGAAAGGACAAUGUAAUAAAAUUGCCAUUGCAAUCACGAAGAGGCUACAAAACCUAAUUGGCAACGCAUUUCAACCUGUGAAAAUAGUUGAUCAAGCUGACAUCGUGGGGAAUGUUAGUAAGGUCCACAGUUGUAUCAACACAUUUGCUGAAAGGCUUAAUGAGAGAAUUGAAACUGAGAAUUUUGAUGAUACGUCUAAUGCUUUCAUAUCCAGCAUAGCUGAAGCAAUCGAAUUCGAGGCGGUGAAUCCAUUGAGAGGGCCUCCUCUCAGAAGUCCCCUCACCGUUGCAAUCCAAUUCAUCUUGACCGGUCUUGUAUCUGCUGCGUCGAAAGCGGCAAAGGAACUCUACAAUUUUGCUCUACAGACGGGAAGUUCUAAGUUAAACUUUGCGACUAACGCGAAGAAUGCAUGGGUGAUGGCCACGGCACUUGACGAUGAUCUUGAAAAAGCAAUCAAAAAAGCUCAAGGCAUACAAGAAGAGGACCAUGGCAAUACGAUUUUAGCCCAGGUCACGGCGAUCAAGGAAAAAGCAACAUUUGGCGAAUUUAAUAAAAAGCUAGCCACUGUUCUUCACGAGGCAUGCAUCAAAGGUCUCGGUAAGGCUCAAUCAAAAGUCUCCUCCAUGGUGAGUGAGCGUUUUGAACCUAUAAGAAAAGUUUUCGCUGAGCUCCUCGAUGAGAGUGAGAGCACAAUAACGUCGUUAGGCGCAUUUAAGGGUAUGUCAAAAUUAAAAGGUGACGCUGAGCAACUUUGCGAGAAAAUUGCAAUGUUCUUGAGCGACACGGUCGGGAAAACCGAUCGCGACACCGAAGCAAAAAGCGGCACUCUAUACAGGGAACUAAACGAUCUACUGACACAUGUCAAGGAACUCGGCAGAAAGUUUAAUGACGUGAAAAAGAAAUGUAGAGCAGUUGAUGAGACAUUAACCCAGUGGACUUCGAAAGCUGCAGAACAACUUUCAUCAGCCAAACUAAAGGCCAACCACGCCAUUAACAAAGUAGCCAACGAAAUGAAAAAUAAGAUUACCGACGAUCUCCAUGCUGUGAUACAGAAAGUCCAGAAUGUAUACCAGCGCACAAUGGAAACUAAACUCGAGGAGUUAAAAAGCGAUGUAGACGCUCAAUUUGACAAAAUUAGAAUCGUCAUAAACGACGACCUGGAGAGCGGAGUAAAGGGUUUACUCCGAAAGCUCCAUACGAAUUGUGAACGAAUCGUCGCUAAUGAUGUAAGCGUCGAAGCAUUAUCAUCGGCAUUUCAGACCGUAAUCGGACCACUCAAGGACCACGUCGACAUUGAGGUCAAGCGGCUUAACAAGGAAAGCAACGACAAAAGCAAUCCUGUUAAACACCAUAACGCAAAAUAUGCUGACGAACUUAACCAAGUUUAUAGAGUACUAAGAGACUUGCUUAAUCACAUCACCACCAAAAAAGGCUAUGACUAUUUGUUUCCCCGCCUGCUCGAUGAGCUGAUGAAUGCUGUCAAUAGGCUCACGCCGCAGGAUUUUGCCGAUCCGAACACUGCCAUCCUAGAUGGCAUCCGUGUGGGCCUGGUUGGUUUUGUCAAUGAGAUGAGGAAGGUGUACAUCAACAUGUACGACGGUGCAACGCCGAUCGAUAAGUGGGAGACUGAAGAUCCGAAGAAGAAGAAAAAGGAGGCAAAUAAAGAUGCUGCGGAGAAUAUGAUUUUGACGAAAGACGGAAGGAACGGUGCAAGAAUAUGCGUGACCAUCAUGUACAUGAUAUACCAACAACUUCAUGAGCUAUAUUAUUUCGGAGGUAAGAAAUGGAAGGACCACAAAAUCCAGGGCGAAGCGGAUCGGAUAGAAUUAGAACGUCAUUUGCGCAGAGUGGGCUACGACGUCAGCAACCUGAUCACUAAAGACGGCACCGGCUGGAAUGUCGCCGUCAGACUUGCUAAAGGCUUCGUUAGGCAUAACGAAUUCAAUAAAUAUCCAACAGAGUUUAAGUCAUUAGACGCAUCAAUGGGCUUCGCCAAGAAUCAUGGAGGACUUCUAACGCAGAUUUUCGAACACUUAGAAACGUACAAUGCAGUCUCUCACAUGGUAUUGCAACCUAAACCUAGGUCACCGUGCAAUGCCUACGAGAUGUGCAUAUGGCUAACAGGGCUGCCAUACAGGCCUGUGUAUGACGCAAUGCUUCACGACGUGUUACCAUCACUGCUCGAAAAUCCGGACAAACAGGCGAAGGACGAUGACGGUCUGGAGAUCCCAUUGGUCGACUCUGGCAUCGAGCCAGUCACGGCAUAUCCACAUGACAUCACAUAUGAUGGCCUAGUCACAUCGCUACAUGAAAUGUGUUCAAAAUCAUAUGACGUUCUUGCGUGCAUAGUUGGAACUGGAGACGCUGCUACGUAUUAUGCGUGUCAAUAUUGCGACAACUCGUUCAAUCUACGCUACCCUUCCGAUCCAGCCUCGUGCCUUGACAUGUUGCUCGACAUUCUCCGCCGACUGUUACCAGCGCUCAGGUUCCUGUCCACCCAAUGUAGUCUCGAUGCUGAGCACGGUGGUUGGCAACAAUGCGAAUACGGUAAAGUUGUACCGUCAGGCAAAUCGCGAUGCAAGGACCAUUCGAGUGACGAAGCAACGUGCCAACCAAAGUGCAAAGCAAACACCAAAGCAAAUUGCCAACCAACAUCACCCCUUCAGUCCUACUUAAACGAUUGUUUACCCGGUCAUUUACCUCAUCAAUUAGCCGAUAUUGGAUGCAAGUCCAAAUGUACUACGUGCCCUGCUGGUAAACCAGGGAUGCCCUGCGUCACACCACUUGGAUUCAGGGCCUUUUCCGGUAGCACGAAAACUGGUAAAGCUAUAUGCGACAUACUUGAAGAUCUGUUAAAGAACAACGUAGCUUCAUUAUUGUCUUGCCUACUACCCAGACCACCAUCCACCUUGGCAGAACACUUCGGUUUUGCGCUGUCCGUUGUAAAGGGUUGGAAGCUUGGUGUCUCAGCAGAUAAGAAAGGGAUGCAAUCGCAUAUCGAAUCAUCAAUUGAUAAGGUGUCCAUUAGCCUGUACAGUAAACCUAACGAGCUUACAGAUGCACUAAGUAAGAUAUAUGGCAUAUCACAGAAACGCAAUGACCAUUCUCAUAGGGUUGCUGAGCCAGCGGAUCUGUCAACUCUAUCAAUGGAUCAGUCAUGUAUGCUUGCUAACGAAGACAACGUCCACUGCGGACCCUACCUGCAGAUCCUAUGCAGCGAUUCGUAUUGUUAUCUCGCUAAAAAGCAUUCCGACUUAUAUCUCUCAUGGGCCGUGGAUUUACCGUGGUCACUGUAUAGCUAUCUGAAAUCAUUGUUCGAUUCGUAUAGCAGUAUCUCUUGCCAAGAUUGGGGAUGCAGCAGAUGUGUCGACGGCAUUUCUUGUAGACCGGGCAAACACGGCGAUGGAUACAGCUGUCGGUGCCGAUCGCUGGUGAGAUGCCGUGGUGUGCUGAGCACUUUAUACAACUACGGCUUCACAUUUGGCGACGCCAAAAAAUUGCUAUCUGAUACUGAAAGAAGAUACUGCCGUAACCUUUACGCGCAAUUGCAAAACGUACUAAAAUCGCAACACUUCACCAAAUUAUUUGAGGAAUGUGACAACUUUAUUUGGACCAUCAGAGAACCGUUCACCUACUUGGUCCUCGCACUUUGGUCACUAUCCCUCUUCUACCUCAUCUGCGUCAUGGUUGGCAGACUGGAUGUGCUCCACAUACGCUCACACUUGCGAAUACCGUCAUCGCACAAGAUAACGGCGCAGUCAUUGUUGGCUGCAGCGCAAGUCGGAAGGCUUGCCAAGAUAUCGUAUCUACAACCAUAA